AUAUAUAGAUUUUUACAUUGUUAAUGAACGGAUCCUCGGCAAGAGCAAUUUUUUCGCUCGCCUUUUUUUUCAUUGUUGUUGUCGUUGUGUGUGUGUGUGUGUUUGUUUGGCUUGUUUUUUUGGACUGGAUGGAUUAGAAUGCAUGCCAUCAAGCUCUUAUUUUUAUUAUAUAAUGAAUGAGCCGAUCAUCAUUUCAUUAAACGUCGAUGAUUUUUAGAAAUUAAAGUUCAAAAUUUUUAUCAGAUGAUAUAAUAUAAUAUAUAUAAUAGUUAUUGUUCAAAACAAAUCAUCAUCAUCAACAUGUCAUAUAAAUCACAAAAUUCUUCUCAGGCAAAAUCAAAUCGAUCAACGGCCAGCGGUAGCAAUCGAUCUCAACAACAACAACAACAACAACAGCAGCAACAGCAAUUAAUAUAUUUGAAACGUCAAUCGUCAUUAAUCAAUCAAUUUUUUAAUCAACAACAACGACCAAAUCCACAUCAAACAAAUGGUGAUAAUUUCUGUCUAUAUCCACAUAGAUUUUGUCUACAAAAUCGUCUCGAUGGAUAUAACUAUUGUAUACGACAUAUUCUAUUCGAUAAGAAUGCUCCAUUUAAACAAUGUUCAUAUAUUCAUCCACAAACAAAUAAACGCUGUCCGAAAGCUGCCCGCCGUUAUGAUCGUCGUGAUCGUGAUACCGCCUUUUGUCCAUGGCAUAUUCAACAAUUCAAUAUAUUACGACGUAAAAAUGCCUGUAUGGAAAAUUAUCAGAAUUCAAUGGUCGAAGAAAAGAAAACAAAUUUGAAAAGAAAAUUUGAAGAAUUAGAACAUUAUUGUCCAAGUGAUGAACAUGAUCAUCGCCGUAAGAAUGGUGAUUGGGAACUUCACGAUGAUAAAUGUAUUGUAGCGAGUAAAUCUUUGAAAACACGAAUAACCGAUUCAAUAAAUGCUAUACAUUGUCAAAAUCAAAAUAAUGAUGAUUUUUCUCAAUUAACUUUGGCCGAUGUUCUCAAUCUUGAUUCAUUGGAUUCCGAUAAUGAAUCUGUCGAAAGUUACAUGGAUGAUCCGUUACGUCAUGCUGGUGUUUAUUCUGCUGAAGAAAUUUCCCAUAUUCUUCGUGAUAAAAUGCUUCGACUUCAAACAUUGUACAUUAAUUUACAUAAUUAUUAUCGGCAAAUGUUGAAACAAAAAAUGCGACAAUAUUAUUUGGCUAAAUUAUCUGUAGGCAGUAAUAAUAGUAAACAAUGUGAAAGUACAAGUUCUAAUGGUAAAUCCUUAGAAUCAUCAACAACGGCCAUGACGACAUUAAUGAAUGAUUCAAAUACGAUAAUUGAUGCAUUUAAUGAAGAAGAAGAUUAUAAAAUAAUGAAAGCCAUGUUUAAAUAUCAUAAUAUCUCAGGACCGGAAAAAUUAAUUCAAAAUAAAGCUAGUGAAAUUCGUCAAAGUUUGAUCGAAGAUAAACAAAUGACGGAAAAACCAUCAACAUCAUCGACAUAUUUUUGUAUAUACAAAAAAGAUGCCCAACAAUGCCAAAAGCAAUGUGUUCCACUCUCUAAUUAUUGUCGUACACACAUUCUAUAUGAUCCAUAUCAAAUUCUGUAUCGUCCAUGUGCUAAUGGAACACCGCCUUGUUUAAUGCCUGUCGUUUCCUAUGUUCAUCGUAAUUCCUGUCUACAACAUACUCAAAUUAAAUUUGAAAAAAAUGAAAUUGCCAAGAUUUUGAAAAGUCCAGAAAAAUCGGAACCAGAAUGUCCAGAUCAACAAAUAAACGAUGAUGAUGAUUUGGAAAAUGAAACUGAACUUUUCCAUUCUAUUGAAGACAUUUCAUUGGCAAUGGAUCCUGUAGAAUCGGAAAAUUUAUUCAGUUUAGAACAUGAAUUCGAUAUCGAUUCAAAUAUGUUAUCAUAAUUCAAUAAUAAUUUUCAAAUUGGAAAUUUUAAUAAAUCAAAUAACUUGAUCUCUUUGAUAAAAGA